AUGGCUUUGCCAUCUGUAGAGCAGUCAAUUCAUCAUCUAUAUUCCAUGCCGAAGAAGGGGAAGGCCGAAAAGCGAUGCAAGCGCUCUUCACAGAAGCACACAGCCACAAAGAAAACGCUCCUGCUGGAUGAGAUCAGUGAAACACUAACUCGUCAGCUUGAUCCUCCGAAAGAUAUUGUCGAUAUUUCGUCUGUUAGUAUCAGUAGCGCUAGCAGCUACACUCUCCAUGAUGCUAUCCAGGGUGAAGAACGUGUGCCACAGAUCAAAAGCGCCGGGCUGCUCCACCAGCGGCACUCUGUAUCGUCCCGCGGCAAACAACCUAUAUCAAGACCAACUUCGCAAAGCACACGUCAGGCCCCUGCGAAUACUUUCACCCUUGACGACGUGGCCGCUGUUGGCGCAAUCGAGAGAUUAGCGACAAGGUACGGGCGGGUCUCCCAUAUGGGUGUUCUCGACCCAAGGUACAAAUUCUUCGUGAACAAAGCGCGCACUGCUGCUCUGUCGUUCAAAGUACAUAACAAAGUUGCUCUAGUCAUGGGCGAUCCCCUGUGCGAGCCGGACUGGUUCACCAAUGUGCUCACAGAAUUCAAGGCGUACCGGAGGAGAUUCGGCUGGAGUAUCGCUUUUAUCGGUGCCAGCGAAGUGUUUGCUGAAUAUGCUAAGGAACAUCGAUGGACGACCAUGCAAUUCGGCACCGAGCGCGUACUCAAUCCCAUGACCAACGACGUCUUGAACGAGCGAGGUGGGAAACGGAUCAUCGUACAAAGCAAGCAACUGCUCAACCCAAGCAAAGGCAACGUCUCUUUGGGUUUAUACAUACCGGCGCAGGGUGAGGACCUUGACGUGCAGAGGGAACUGGUCGGGGUUUAUGACUCGUGGCGUGAGGAGCGAAAUCGUGCUGCCGGGGCAAAGGCUUUCAUCACGGUGUACGACCCUUUUUCGAUGCCGGGAAUGAUGGUGUACAUCUACACCAGAGGCCCAGAUGGUGUAGCCAAUGGCUUCGCGGCCCUGCGACAUCUUGGUGCAAACCAAGGAUACCACAUUGACCCUUGCAUUGCAGCUCCAGGAGCGCCCAGAGGGAUCACUGAUCUGUUGAUCGUUGCUGCCAUGGCGCUCUUGCACUCCAUGAGAGUUUCGUACCUCAGCCUUGGAUUUGAACCCCUGGAAGCAUUGGCCGACAUAACCCGACUGUCGCCUCCAAUUGAAAAGAUCACCCGAGCGAUAUACAAGCGUACAUUCAGACAAAUGCUUUUCAAGGGGAAACAGAUGUUUCACGAAAAGUUCAAGCCGGAUGGUUCGCAGGGAUCACCACUUUACAUUCUUUUCCCCGCAGGUGCUCCCAGUCCACGUCAGUUGGUCGCGGUUUCCCGAAUGUCGAAUAUCAGCAUUCGAAAGCUUGUUUUUCCAAGAUCUGAAAAGAACUCGGAGACAGUUAAAUCUGUCAAGCAGCAGCUCGAAGAACAACGGCCUGGGUCGGAUGUCGGAUCGUCGAAAGUGAGAUGA